UCUUCUUCGAUUUAUUAAGUGACCAUGAGCUGGGCUUUGGCACUUCUGCGGGCCAACUGGAGAGUGAGCUGGGUGGGACUGAACUUCCCAAGCCCAGGGCUAGCCCUGAGGCGCCGCACCCCAUUCAGGGGCCCUUGGCUCCCCAGGGCCAGGAUGGCGACUGUGGAGAGCAAACUGCUGAAGAAUUUCGCUUCAGAGAAGCCGGUUACCCACAACAAGGUCUCCAUUGUAGGAACUGGGUCGGUGGGUGUGGCCUGUGCUAUCAGCAUCUUACUAAAAGGCUUGAGCGAUGAACUCGCCCUUGUAGAUAUAAAUGAAGAGAAACUGAAGGGUGAGACGAUGGAUCUUCAGCAUGGCAGCUGCUUCAUGAAAAUGCCAAAUAUUACUUGCAGCAAAGAUUACCUUAUCACGGCUAAUUCCAACGUAGUGAUUAUCACAGCAGGUGCACGCCAAGAAAAGGGAGAAACGCGCCUUAAUUUAGUCCAGAGAAAUGUGGCCAUCUUCAAAUUAAUGAUUUCCAGUAUUAUACAGCACAGCCCUCGCUGCAAACUGAUUGUUGUUUCCAACCCAGUGGAUGUCUUAACUUAUGUAGCCUGGAAGUUGAGUUCUUUUCCAGAAAACCGUGUUAUAGGAAGUGGCUGUAAUCUGGAUACUGCUCGUUUUCGUUUUCUCAUUGGGCAGAAGCUUGGCAUCCAUUCUGAAAGCUGUAAUGGAUGGGUCCUGGGAGAGCAUGGAGACUCAAGUGUUCCUGUGUGGAGUGGAGUGAACAUUGCUGGUGUCCCUUUAAAGACUCUGAACUCUGAUAUAGGAACUGAUAAAGAUCCUGAGCAAUGGGAAAAUAUCCACAAAGAAGUGAUUGCCAGUGCCUAUGAGAUUAUUAAAAUGAAAGGUUACACUAAUUGGGGGAUUGGCGUGUCUGUAGCUGAUUUAACAGAAAGUAUUUUGAAGAAUCUGAAGAGAACACAUCCAGUUUCUACCAUAAUUAAGGGCCUCUAUGGAAUAGAUGAAGAAGUAUUCCUCAGUGUUCCUUGUGUCCUGGGAGCAAAUGGUAUUGCAGACCUUAUAAAGAUAAAGCUGACGUCUGAAGAGGAGGCCCGUCUAAAGAAGAGUGCAACAACACUUUGGGAAAUUCAGAAGGACCUUAAGCUUUAAACUAUCAUUCUGAAAUUAUUGAAGAAAUAGUACAUACAGGAUCGUAUAUGUUAAACUUUUGAAUAAACUUGAAUCCCUAAAAGAUAGAAACAGGAAAGUAAGUAGAAUGACUUCCCUAUUUAGCAUUCAGAUGCUUGAUGAUGCUUAUCUUUUUACAGUUCCAAAGUGAUGUGUGAAGAGGCUGUUUUGGGUGCCCAUGAUGUGCCC